GUACGAAGUAUACUAUGUAUAUUUCCAUGUGGCCUUUGCAAGUUUUAUAUUGUUUUUACGACAAGCUUGGAAAUACCUAACAUCAUAUAAUGCAGCUUAAUAAAUGGCACCGACUACCUUAUAAAUGAAGUUCGCCCGAGUCUUGUUCUUAUUCAUAAAUAUCAACAUUCAACAUUUGAAAUUUUAUCGGGCAAGGUCUUAUGUGACCUUAUCAUGUCCACAGCAUCGUCAAUGUCUUUUUAGUAGAUAGCUUGCUGUGUUAGCAUAUACCUACCUAACCUAGGUAAUUAUUGGAACGUCAUUAUACUAAAAGCGGUCUCUGACUUUCGAUGAAUCAAUCUUGAUUUCUAAUCUGGAGCCGAUUUUUUUGGGUCCAAACCCGAAUGGCGAUAUCCUAUAAAUUCGUCUUAAACGCCUAGGUUAGGGAAUUUAGUAUCGGUCUUUACUCGCUGAUAAUAGGUUAGGUACGUAAAACCGUCUUAUCUUCUUUGACACACCAUGGCCCGCAUCUUCAUCACCGGAUCAUCAGAUGCAAAAGGCCUUGCGAUACGCUCGGCCCGGGUCCUCAUCCAGCGGGGCCACGACGUCUAUCUUCACGCCCGAAAUAGCCCAAGAGCCCAGGACGCGCGCGCGGCCUGUCCUGGGGCUAAGGGCGUGUUCGUCGCGGACCUGGCGUCCGCGGAAGAAACCAAGGCGCUGGCGAAACAGCUGAACGAAACCGGCCCCUGGGAUGCUAUCUUUCAUAACGCCGCCGUCAUGCAUGGCGUGGAUGGCGUCAAAAACAAGGACGGAAUUCCUGUGCUCUUUGCCAUCAACACGCUAGCGCCGUACGUGUUAACCUCUUUGAUAAACCCGCCGCCGAAGCGCUAUGUCUUCGUCUCUAGUGGCAUGCACAAGGGCGGUGACCCCUUAUUGCGCAAUAUCCGGCAGUGCACCUACAGCGAUAGCAAGCUGCACGACGCCUUGUUAGCCUUUUGGUUCGCACGCCGCCUCGCCAACCGAGGUGUGCUGAGCAACGCCUUGAGUCCAGGAUGGGUUCCUACAAGGAUGGGUGGCCCGGCGGCGCCCGAUGACAUCGACGCAGCGGUUGAUACCUACGUCCUGCUAGCGGAGGGGUCAGGGGCUGCCGAGGGCGCGACGGGGAAAUACUGGUAUCAGUCUCUCGCCCGGAGUUCCGCCGGCUCGGGCCAUGAAACAAGAUAUUCAAAAGCACUCGACGACGAAGCCACACAGGAUAAGUUGAUCCGGACUCUUGAGGAGAUCUCGGGAGUUAAGCCGCCUGAGUAAACCCAUGGGCUGGCUAUGCGGGCUUCCACCUUAACCGCCUUUUACUGGUAUUCGAGAGAUCUCUUAAGUCUAAGGACACUGACCGUAGAUGCCAAUAGCCAAACCGCUAUUGUCAUGAAUAGCGUGGGUUGUAUAUAGUGGGUUACCUUUCAUCUAUAUAUACCUUAGGUAGGUAAGUAGUUGUAUAACCUUAUAGAAUCAAUCCAUUGACAUAGUUUCCUUCACGUCAAUCUCAAUGUACUAUAGCCAUAAUCUAGGUACCUAGACCUAGAUAACCUACCCGGUAUAUAUAGGUACAAUACUGGAUGCGACGUACCAGUAUUUCUAGAAUUUCUUAACGUUAGCAUCUCCCAAUUU